GAAUUUCAUCGACCUUGACGGUUUACGACCUUGUAAUUUUAGUACAACCCUUGCAGAUGCAGGACCGCUUUUUGAAGAUAUUGCGGGCGAUGGUGGCUUUCGAUGAAAAUCGGUUUUGCUUUGAUUGCCACCAAAGAGGACCUACGUAUGUCAAUAUCACUAUUGGUUCAUUUGUUUGCACUGGAUGUGGGGGCGCACUUCGAAAAUACAGCCACCGUGUAAAAUCGAUGUCCAUGUCUAACUUCUCACCUGCAGAAAUGGAAUUUUUGCGUCGCAGGGGUAAUAAGGCGUGCCGGAAAAUUUUUCUUGCUCUUAGCGACGAUCAGUCUCUCGAUGAGCGAGAACUUAGUGAUGCAGCCCGGGAUGACUACUUGCGUGAAAAGUACCAGCUGCGUAAAUGGUAUCGAGAGCCAACUGCUGAGCUGGAAGCCGCAGCGAUUCAAGAAAAUCAACAAAUUAUCGACCAGGCGGAUCAAAACAUCUCGCAGCGAAACCCGCGCACCACUUGUACAAACGCGGCUUCUGGUUUAAUCAUUCCAGCGCAACGACCACCUUUGUCCAAAGCAUCUGCACCUUUCGAUCUGACUGUCAAACCUCCUGACAUACAGCAACGAGUGGGACAAAAUGGCGUCACUGUGACUCAACCCUCCGUCGACCCAUUCGCUCCGUCUCAACAGGACCCUCCCAAGACAAACUCAUCAGCUGUUGUUUCAGAUCCUUUCGGCCCUCCUGCAUCCUCAGGGAGCACACAGCCUCCAUUUACGGAUUUGUUUACUAACUUCCUCGGUAACUCGUUUCCAUCUUCUUCUACACCUUCCGUUCCGCGUGCCAUGCAACCAGCAUCCUACCGCGCGGGGGAUGUUAGUGGUUGGCCGGGUACAGCUUUUCUGCCACAACCCCCGGCUACAAGCCAAACAUUCCAAGCUAACUCUAGCAUGUGUGAUAAAUACGCGGCACUUGCUGAACUAGACGGGUUGUUCAAAAGUGCCAACGUCGCCAAACCAGUGUCUACAAGUGCUGCUGACAACUCCUUUCUGCCACAAAACCUUCCGUCAUCGUUUCCACCGUCAACCAUGCUGCACCCUUCCACGCAGCACAGACAACCCCCUUUUCCUUCUGAGUUUCCACAAUUCUCUCCCAAUCUCAAAUGGCGUAACCCUUUCCUCGCAACCGUGCCAUCCUCCGGCAUCCCACUUCGACCCUAUAAUUCACUGAACCCUUUUUCUAGUCUACAAGUCCAAUCUCAACCAACAGCUGGCGGCCCCUUCGCUACGGCCCCUUUGCCCUCACACCAAAUGCCUUCGAAUGCCGCGUCAUCGAUCGCUCAGAAUGCGAUUUUUUCAACUCGACCUGCAUCUACUCAUACUAACCCGUUUCAUCAGCCGAACACAACAGUUGGAUCGUCUACUUUCUCGAACCCUCCGUGGUCUUCGCAGUUCACUGACAAUUUCGGCGCAUUUCCCCCUACUGGACAUGUUCCUUUGAAUGGCAAUGCCGCAGAUGUCCAUGGAGGUAGCUUUGGUCUCCAACGCGCUGCUCCUCCAGUGUCUGAUCGAGGAUCCUCCGAUUUUGCCCCCUUCGGUCACUAAAACCUUGUGUCCUAGUCACCCGGUGGCGUCUAACCGAUACUCAUUUCCCGCCCCACCCUCUCAAGUACGCUCCAUGCAUACCAUCCUGUGUUCUGCACAGCUAUUGCUUCCCAGUUAAUUUGUUCACCCGUUGCAUUUUCUCCUCCUCGCCGAUUACCAGAUUGCUCGCUCCUAUAUGAGCAUCCGUUUUUAAUCUUCCAUCUGCAACAGCAAUGGCAUCUGUGUUUUGUGAUUUAUUCUCUUUCUGACAUCAAAUCUCUUUUUUUCUUUUCCUUUAUCGUCAUCAGUGUUCUGCGCUCACGCGCACGCACACAUACUCGUCAUAUUGCAACGGUGCCAACAACCUACUGCAACACUGCCAUCAUCUCUUUCCCCAACUUUUUCGUGCACAUUCCAGUGUUGAAUAUGGUUGUUCGUCACCGUUUUGAUUCGCCGACGUUGGCGCUCAUGUUCCACUAUGCACUCAGAUCACCCGGCCACCCCCGCAUGUUGCUUUAUUUAUGGGGUCCAUUUAUGCGCGGCCAAUAUGGCUGUGUUCUUCUCUACACCUUCACUUAACUCACUGCUAGUCGUCUAGGUCUACUGCUGGUCGCCUGCCCAUUCAUUGCGGUGUACCAUCUCAGUUAUAUACCAUCAACCGACUUAUAAGUGGAUUUUUUCCUUUGCAAUGCCUCCACUUGUGUUUCUUUCUCUGUGUGGUAGUGUGUCUUCUCUAUGGCUGUGUAACGUCCACAACAGCUCAUGGAACAGGCGUGUCUGGGGAUUGCCGAACCAGAUUGGUACACUGCGGCAUCAGCAACAGCAGCACGUCAGCACAUCGUGCCGACGCUCAGUUGGACUAUGCCUCGCAUCAUCGAGGAAUAAACCGUUUGUUUAUACGAC